AUGGUUUAGUAGCGUUUAGGGGCUAAGUGUAGCGUCGUGAUGUCUGGCCGUGGAAAGCAGGGAGGCAAAGCUCGGGCGAAGGCCAAGUCGCGCUCGUCUCGUGCGGGGCUGCAGUUUCCUGUGGGCCGCGUGCAUCGGCUCUUGCGCAAGGGGAACUAUGCGGAGCGAGUGGGUGCCGGCGCCCCCGUUUACAUGGCCGCGGUGUUGGAGUAUCUGACUGCUGAAAUUUUGGAGCUGGCUGGCAACGCGGCCCGGGACAACAAGAAAACCCGCAUCAUCCCCCGCCACUUGCAGCUGGCUAUCCGCAACGACGAGGAGCUGAACAAGCUGCUGGGCAAAGUCACCAUCGCCCAGGGCGGGGUCCUGCCCAACAUCCAGGCGGUGCUGCUGCCCAAGAAAACCGAGAGCCACAAAGCAAAGGGCAAGUGAGAAGGCUGUUAGUAUUCGAAUUAACUGAACCCAAAGGCUCUUUUAAGAGCCACCCACGAGUUCAAAAAGAGCUGAUAAUCUUGGAAAAUGAUAGGGGAGAUGAAAAAGCGUAAGAAGUGUAAGUAUUAGUCUGUGAGCAGGCAUGCAACGGAUUGCAGGUAGUUUGCUAUGCUUCUGGAGUGUUACCAGAGAGCUGAGGUUUGGUGUCAAACUUUUUUUUUCUAUUAAAAGACCAAUCUCAUUUCUAAGGGGUUUGGAGUGAAAUGCAUUAGGACCCAUGCAUCAGCUAAAAUGGAGAAUAGUCUGUACUUGAUUUUUGCAGUGAAGUUACUGCCUUAUUCUUCCUUAUGUCAGAUAUUUAAGGAAAAAUAAGAAUAAAGUGGUUUGGAUGAAAUGAUGGUUCUGUUCUAUAUUUUGGGAUGUGAGUGCAGAUGCAAGGAUUAAUCCCUGUUUCUGCUUUUGUGCAAGUGCAUCUUUCACAGACUCUGUUCUGGCUCAGAGCAGGAUGGAGAUGAAUAACAGCUCUACGCUGAGGGGGAGAGGGAGGAUGUUGAUUUGCAAAAUCUACCCUGGUUUUCCUGCUUUCAUACAGCAGCCACAAAAUAAAUGGUUCAGUUUAUAAUUUUAUUCACAAACCGAGACCAUGCUACUAUGCCCAUAUGUGAAAUAAAUUGGGUGUGUCUCAUUGCAAUGAGUCUCUCCAGAUUAAAAUCUAAACCUGGAAAUUGACAUCAAGAAUGACUAUAUUGCUUCAGACUAAUGGUCUGUCUAGCCCAGUAUCCUGUCUUCCAAUAGUAGCUGGUGACUAGCAUUUCCAAGGGAAUCAACAGAACAUACAAUUGAUCCAUCCUUUGUCCACUCCCAGUCUUGGGUAGUCAGAGGGUUAGGGAUACUCAGGGUUGCAUCCCUGACCCUCUUGGCUAAUAGCCAUUGGACGGACUUAUCCUCCAUGAAUUUAUCUAAUUUUCUGAGCCCUGUUCUAGUUUUGUUUGUUUAUAUGGAGAAAAAAUAGAGGAGGGGAAGAGCCCCUCUCUUCUCGGUCACACUGAAAUGCUUUAUAGAAAUGUUGCACCAUAAUGAAGUACGCCCCAGCCCCAGCAUGGGGUUUGGGGAGCAUGCCCCCUUUCCACUGUUCCAUUUUCCCCUAUAUCAGAGCCUUCCAAUCUCCCUUCUUUGGCACAAGUUCUGUGUGUCCCCAUUCCUCCUUCCCCCAGCAGGAGCCCUGAGUGAAUGCCUGUUACCUCCUUCCUUCUCAUGUGAGGGCUUCUGUGUGCCACAUUUCCUCCUGUCCCACUACAAGGGUCCUCCAUUCUCUCCUCCCAGGCCAGGGGCUGUGCAUUCUCCCCAUGCCUCCCUGCCCCCACACACUAUUCUUG